AUGUUGGGCGGAUCGGGGUUUUUGGGCAAAUUAAUCAUUCCACUGCUGAUGGCCGAAAUCGCGCUGCUCGGAACGCAUCCACCUAGCGGCAUCUCGCCGGUAAUGGCCACCGACGCAAACAACCCGCCGCCACCGGACGAUGUGGCAAUGAACUGUCUGGAGCACACGGUAACGUCCGGGACAUUCGACCGGUACUACGCGCUGGAGGACAUCGGGAACGAACCGUCCGGCAGCUAUCUGCUGAACGUCAGCGUCACGGUGGAGGUGCGGAACCGGCAGGAGGAGCUGGCCGUCCUGCUCUCCGGCCAGAACCGCUCGUACCAGCAUCCGGACUUUGCCCGCACCUACGAGAUGCGGCUGACGAACGUCUACACGGUGGUGUACCGGGAGACGCUCAAAAUGCAGGCCUACCACAGCCCGACGGACAAGCUGUUCCCGGCGGACCGCUUCCGGCUGCGGUUCCUGCUCAGCCGGGACGGCAACCUGACCGUGCUGGUGAACGACAACAUCCGGCGCCCGCUGCUGGCGGUCGUAGACGCGCGGCCGGCGCUCGCGGUGCAGUACGUCAGCUUUUCGUCGCGCAUGAACGCGUACCCGGUCCGGUUCCUGCUCGGCUGCGGUCUGCCGCAGUACCGGGCGAUCGAGGUGGCUGCCGAGACGGUGGGUGCGCCGUCCAGCCUGCCACUAACCGACGGUUCCUGUCCCGUCUGCCCGAAGCAGCGCUGCGAGGUGGUCGUGAAGGCUUGCGCGGACAGCAGCAAGGAUGCGAACGGGGCCGGCGGCAACGGGGAGCUGGAGCAGCAGAAGUACUACUUCUACUUCAAUCUCUACCUGCUGAAGAACAGGACCAAGUCCAAACCAGCCGACGGGCCGUAG